AUGACAGAAAACCGCACUCGCUACGGCUUUGUGCCGACUAAUGUGGCGACCGAUCACGGGUCAUCUCAAGAGACUUCCCAACACCACCGGGACUUGGUCAUCACAUCGCUACCACCCCUCCGACCUUCAAAUUCUGCUCCCCGAAGAUCAUAUGCUACUCAUAGUCAAACUAUCGGCGUACAUGAUGGUGACAACUACAGCCUGUGUGGCACUUACGACCACUGCCAACCGACGACUUCCUGGGCAGCCGCCAAGUCACCACCUCGAGCACCCAGCAUUACUUCGGUAACCUAUAAGCAGAACUUGAAAAUUAGUUCCGCCAGAGACUCUAUCAAGACUUCUUGUAGCCCGAUUCGGCCACCUUCGUCUUUCUCAUUGCCAGUCGAUCCCAAUCAGCACGCAAACCUUACUGGGAAACCUCAUUCAGACGCAAGAUCCUCGCCGUCGACCGAGUAUAUGCCAGUACCCCAGCCUGCGACUUCAAGUAGUCUCAGAAAAUCCCGCAACAUGCCUCGUUUGGAGGCCAGAACCAGCAAUGACGUCGACAUUCGAACCCAGAAUAGUCACGGGAGUCUCUUUGUCGAACAGGGCGACCCAGCUCGUGGCAGCUCUUUCCUGGACUACGCAGUUAUGUACUUCCCAGCCCCUUCAUCUCCGUUGAGGAUUCCGUCAUCUCCAAGCGACGACCAUAUCGGAAAUCUCAGAGUCGCAGCCAAGUUGGAAAGCCGCUCCUACCAAACUGGGUUUUUCCCGGAGGCAAAUUCAUUCAGCACACAUGACUCCGUUAUCGACGAAGAUGAAGUAACUGUAAAUACUUUCGCGGGCACUCGAGUUUCGGGUUUCAUCCUCGAAGAUGAUGACUCUGACAAUUCUGACCGGAAGAAUAAGAUAACACCAGAGGCCGGAGCCAGUGAUAGGGGCGUCAGAAAGUCGAAGCUAAAGCAAACAGAGCACACGAAACCAGCAGUAAUCGGCGAUGACGUGGGCAUUUCGAACCAUCGGUCAUCGCAAGCUUCUUGGUUCCCGUCCGACCUUGAACACGCGACAACACCUCAAGACACAACUCCAGAGUCGCAUUUCUCGCUGAAGGAUUUUGUGUCCAAGUCAAAGCGCCAGUGGCUUCAACCUGAUGUUAAAUAUGGCGAUCAGAGCAGCCAAGCCUUCCAUCCGCGUCGAAGCGGUGCCGAAGCAGCUACAUCGCCGUCAAACACGUCCCCUCGGGUCACGCCAAGCUCGUGGAGAGCCACAACAUCAGACCGGAAGCCAAAGGUGUUGAAUCAGCGUAGAGUGGACCCCAGCACCUUGGGAUUGAUACCCAUCAAGACUUUACCUGGCCCCCUGUACGAAGAGCAAUAUCCCGUUACGAAAUUCGCAAACACAAAAUAUUCGGCAGAGACAGGAAGCAUGCCCUCCUCUCCUAUUGAGAAGGAUGCCAGGGCGGGAUUAAGGAUGGGUAGGCGUCGAAGUCGAACACUCCCUAGCCCCCAUAGAGCUGGUGCCCUCGACCGCGGCAUUGCAGCAGCAUCCGCUGCACAUCACUCUCGCGGCUUAGGCACUGGCAGUGGCUACCGUGGUUCAAUUCCAUCUCAGUUACUAAAUGACCCAAAGGAAAGCAAUCAUAUUCCGACUGGCGACUACUGCCCACCCUCUAAACACGAACUGUAUGGUCGCCAUCGUCAAGCUAGAGAGCCGCGAGGCCCUGUUCCCCAACCCGACGGCCCCCGGACGCCCAUUCGCAAAGGCGGAGCACGAGUUCAGCCGGGAAGAAACUCACCUCUGUCCGAGAAACAGCUUGUCGGGGAACUCCGAUUUUCCAAUGGCUGGCCUGACCGUGCCCGUAAACGAAGAGUGUCUUCCUUCCGUAGCCCAAAGUCAAUCCAGGAAGAUGGGCCAGAGAAGAAACGCGUGCGGGACAAACGAUUCGAGCCCGAGACAGCAAUGAGCAAGCGUCAAACAACCGGACGGCAAGAUCCAACAGGGUUCUUUCAACCAAGCAAUGUUGAAUCACGGUCAGUUAUGCGCAAGCAUAACGUCAAUAUUGCUAGCAGUUCUAGUGGCACAAGUGUGACUUGCGCAUCCGGUACAGACAGCCGGCUCAUUGAUCGACAACAUACUUCUGAUGGUUACGCCGAAAGCGUUGAGGACCAUGUCAAAACUCUUCAUAGAAGCAUGGGGCCGAUGAAGAAGAGGAGACUGGGUGGAUUGGCCCAACUCAAGGUGCAACGAGAGUUGAAGAAAGAGCGGCCUGAUGAGUGUCCUUCAAAGCCGUCGGACACGACGGACACUACAAGCCGAACAAAAGAUAAAUGA